UACCAUAUCUUCUUCAUCAUUUUAACACUUCACAGACCUACUGUUUUUCAUAUUUCGGGCUUCAAAACCAUGGGAGCGGGUGGCCAAAUGAACGUUUCGAAGACGGAGAACGACAUACUCAAACGUGUUUGCGUCUCGAAACCGCCAUUCAGCCUCAGCGAUCUAAAGAAAGCCAUACCACCUCAUUGUUUCAAACGCUCCCUUAUUAAGUCUCUCGGCUCAUUCUUCCGGGAUCUUUUCAUAAUCUAUACUUUCUACUAUCUCGCAGCAAAUUACAUCCCCAUCCUCCCUUGGCCCCUUGUGUACGUCACAUGGCCUAUAUACUGGUUCGCCCAAGGUUGUGUUCUUAUGGGCUUUUGGCUCCUCGGCCAUGAAACGGGCCACCAUGCUUUUAGCGAGUACGAAUGGUUAGACGAUGCGUUCGGCUUCUUCAUCCAUUCGGUCACUUUGACACCAUACUUCUCUUUUAAAUACAGCCACCGUAGCCACCACGCCCACACCAAUUCACUCGAGUAUGACGAGGUGUACAUUCCCAAACGCAAGAACGACACGUUCUUCACCGAGUUUUUAAACAACGGACCGGGCAACGUGUUCACUCUUAUCCUACGAACCACCCUCGGGUUACCCUUGUACUUGUUCUUCAACACUUACGGCCGUGACUAUGAAGGGUUCGCCAACCACUACUUGCCACAAAGCGCUAUCUUUAACGACAGCGAACGCACUCAGAUUGUUAUCUCGGAUAUUGGAAUCAUCGCGGUCAUGUAUACUUUAUACAGGACCGCGGUGACACAAGGUGUACAAUCAACACUUUUCUUAUACGGACUUCCUUUGUUUGUUAUGAGUGGCUUCUUUAUCACGUUAACUUACUUGAACCACGCACAUCCGGGUAUCCCACACUACGAUGCAACCGAGUGGGACUGGCUUCGAGGGGCUUUAUCGACGAUCGAUAGGGAUUAUGGAAAGUUGAUGAGUUGGGUGUUUCAUGAUGGACCGGAGAAUCAUGUGAUUCACCAUUUAUUCCCAACCAUUCCACAUUAUCAUGCAAGUGAAGCUCGAGAUGCUGUGAAACCCAUGUUGGGUGACUACUACAAGUGGGACAAUACUCCAAUGCUAAAGGCAUUGUGGAGAGACACUGUGGAGUGCAUCUAUGUUGAGCCGGAUGAGAACAGUGAGAACAAAGGUGUUUAUUGGUACUCUAAAUAGUUUUGAUUCGUGUUACACAAAAACUCUUGGUCCAUGUCUUUGUAAACAUAUUAUAAUAAAGUGUAAAUCUCGAAGUGAUAUGCAUGCAUGGAGCAUGGUUGUGUAUUUCUCACUAAAAUUUAUGGAUUUAGUUUAGCCUAAAAA